GCUUCCACCGCCGAGGUCAGCCGUGUCUCCUCCACAAGCCACAAUCGUCCUGAACCGGCCGGCCGGCGUCUGAACACUUGUCCGACUCUGCAAAUUCAAGCCUGCGACGAUCUUGACAACAAUACAUUUGUCGACACCAAAAAAGCGUCGACACAAUGGCAGUCCCUCCAGCAUAUGCAGAUCUGGGAAAGUCGGCAAAGGAUAUAUUCAACAAGGGAUAUGGUUUUGGAUUGGUUAAGCUUGACGUCAAGACAAAGUCAUCAAGUGGAGUGGAGUUCAAAACGAGCGGCUCGUCCAAUGUGGACACCAGCAAGGUGACGGGAACGCUGGAGACCAAGUACAAGUGGGCCGAAUACGGGCUGACCUUCACCGAGAAGUGGACCACUGAAAACACACUCGGCACGGAAGUCUGCAUCGAGGAUCAGAUCACCAAAGGCCUGAAACUGAAUUUUGAAACCACAUUUUCCCCGAACACUGGCAAAAAGAGUGGAAAAAUCAAGACAGCUUACAAGCGGGAGUACCUGCACGCUGGCGUGGACGUGGACCUGGACUUCGCCGGCCCCACCCUCCACGGCGCAGCCGUGGCCGGCUACGAAGGCUGGCUGGCCGGCUACCAGAUGAGCUUUGACACGGCCAAGUCCAGGAUGCUCCAGAGUAACUUUGCUGUCGGCUACAAGACGGGAGACUUCCAGCUACACACCAACAUAAACAACGGCUGUGAAUUCGGAGGCUCCAUCUAUCAGAAAGUGAACGAGCAGCUAGAGACGGCCGUCAAUCUGGCGUGGGCAGCGGGUAGCAACGGAACUCGCUUUGGGAUCGCCGCCAAAUACCAGAUAGACUCCAGUGCCUCCAUAUCAGCUAAGGUGAACAACGCCAGCUUGGUUGGAAUCGGAUACAGUCAGACUCUUCGACCCGGUAUGAAACUGGUCUUGUCCGCGCUUGUGGAUGGGAAAAACAUCAAUGCCGGCGGUCACAAACUGGGCCUGGGUCUGGAGUUAGAGGCAUGAGGAUCCAUUCGGAGAGAGAGAACAUAUUUUAACCAUAUGAGAGAAUGAGAAAAUCCCCCUCCCCAUUCUUGAGCACCGCUGAAACGUCACCUCCUAGUCUCACUCGUAAGUCACAACGAAUCCAUAAUGAAGCUCUAGUUACAAACGGCCACAGAAGCCUACUACAAACCAUCAAGUAAGAACGCACAAAAAAGGUUGAUCGUCAACAAAACAAUAUAUGAUGACCUAAAAAUUUAGCGUGGGAAGGGGCCACAACACACAAAUUGGAAAGCGUGGCUUUCGAUCACAAGGCUUAAACCCCGAGCCGCAAUUGACUCCAUUCGAUUCCAUGUUGACAAUCCAAGCGAGUGGGAUGCCGAAUGUACAUCAGAGCUGUUAUUUUGCACACUCGACUAAUCUACCUUAAUCAAUUAAAGCUCUUCCUUUUUUUGUUAA